AAAAAUUCAACCUCUCAAUAAAACCGCAGGCUCAGACUGCAUUGUUUUGGUUUUACUUUCUAUUUUAACCCCAUCUAACCUUGUUGAAGAUACCUAUUUUUUCAAAACUGGCUCGUCAAGUUACAGUAAGCAAACGCAAGCAGCUCAUGGAAGAAUUCCCCUUUUGUGUUUGACAGGAAUCGAGCGCAACUUGAACUUUCUGAGCAGCCAGAUUUGGAGAAAGGAAGUCCUCUCCGUGUAAAUGGCAGCUCCAUCUGCAGGCCGUCCAGUGACAGUAACUGUUGGAACCGUUUGGAAGCUUCAGUUGAACCCGUCACCGCCAACGCCCAUCAGACUGUCAGUUGGAGCUGUAAUCACCUGGAUUUGCCUCACUGUGACUCGAGUGGCCUUUGGCGUUGUGUAUUUCAGGGACUGCCCUCAGCAGCCCAACAUUCCCAACUAUCUGCUGGGGUUGGCUUUGAUUCCCCUGCUCAUGAUUCCUUUCGUGACUCUGCCCGGUGAGAGCUAUGCCGCUCAAACAAGAGAACGUCCCACAGGUUUCAAAGCUUGCAUGGAGGGUUUCAUUGGCCUGCUUAUCUUCGUAUGGUCUCUUUUAGGUGAUGUGUGGGUUUUCUCGGUCUAUCAACCAAACUAUGACCCCUCUGCUGCUGAUGGUUUUUACUGUAAUAAAACCCUGUACACGUUUGCCUUCUGGAACGCCGUAUUUGAGACGUUUGGAUUUGGAGUCCUCCUGGCCAAGUUCUGCAAAGGAAUGCUGUGCUAUGUGAUCAUGAGUCCAGUAGACAGAGAUUUUUACGGGAAUGUAUGAGGUAUUGUAAGGAUAAUGUAUGCUUUUAUUUAUGUAAACAAAAAAUGUUGUGUUUUGUAUCUGAGAAACUAAUAUAUUGAUCUUGAUCAUCGUUGUGUCACUCUAUGCAACGUGAAUAUAAAUUAAACACAUUUUUAGUGAACUUACAAGGCUGACAAUUACUUGGUGAAAACAAAGGUGGAUUAAAUCAAUUCAAAAUAAAUUAGUCAACGUGGACACAUGUCAAAAUUACACAGACUGAAAAAACAUUAAACUGCAAAUGUGAGGCUCCCAAAUUGGAUUUUCCAAAGAGUCACCAAAGAGGAUUUGAUUGUUGCAAUGCCAAAUAAAGAUGUUUCUACUUAAAGACGUUUCAGAACCACUACUGCUUUGGACGAUUCAUUUUCAGUUUGAACGGGACUCCCCCAUCUGAUCCUAUCAGAAACAUGUGGACGUUGUCAUCGCUGAUCAGCCAAUCAGGUGGAAGGUAGUGCAGCCGUGCACAUGAGAACCAGCUCAGGUCAGCCACCAGAAAAAACUAAAUCUCUAAAACAUUAACAGUUCAUUUGUCCAUCACGUGGUAGUUCAGCUUUAGACGGACAAACUGUCCAGAACAGUCCAUCUAACAAAGUGAGAGACCAAUCUGCUACUAUGACAGAUAAAGUGACAGAGCUGGUCUCAAAGUGCCUACAGGCCCGGGACUUGGCGUACUGUCCCUACAGCCGCUUCCCUGUCGGUGCUGCUCUUUUAACAGCAGAUGGCGCCAUUGUCACAGCUGUAAUCUCUCCAACUAUACCUCACGUGCCUCGUUCACCUCACGUCUGAUCUCCAUCUACUUUGAUCGUGGCAGAUUUGAUUUGUUUUCACAAUUUUAGGUGAUUUCUCUAAAAAUCCCCCCAGGAAUAUGAAAAGCCUUGAAGUACAUCCGUACUCUCCUGAGGAACUAAUGUUGUUUUUAUUUUCUAUUUUCCAUCACUGCUUUGGUGUAUCUCGAAUGUUUGGUUUAAUUUUUUAACUUUAUGUGUCAUUAAAGAAAAGGGAUUCUCAAAAUAGAUUAAAUAUCCCUCCAAAAAUCUGGUGCAAUAAUUAUUGAGCAGUUCAGAGCAGACUCUGUUUAAACAUUUAUUUGCACACUUUUCCAUGAUGCUCCUCUUCAUCACAUGUUCAUCCUAUGUCCCUUUGCGUGGUCCGUUCCUGGAAAGCUAAUUUGCCAAAGCAUUAUAUUUUUCACCUUUUGUCACACUUCUGCCUCAAUGUAUUAUUUAUUUGGUUUUAUUGCGAUGGACCAUCAAUAAGUAAUGCACAAUUAGAAAGAGGAAGCCAAAGGAUAAAUGGUUAUAUCAUUGUUCAGUUUGUGCCACCGGCUCUCAAGUUUAUGCAGGUCUGGACUUUGACUAGGUCA